CGGAUAAUAUAUUAAUUCUGUAUGUUUCUUCUUUUAUAAUGAUAUGAUAGCCUUCGUCUCAAUGUCUUCUGGAGCAUUAUUAGAAUGUAUGUCGCUCUUCUGAAGAAUUUUUAGCUUCCAUAUAGCCGUCGUUGUUCUUUACAAUGAGAGGUUUCAAUUGGAAGACAUUUGAGCAGUAGAGAGAAAAAAUAGAGGUUUUUGGGCAAGUGCGCAAUACAAAGCUAGUGGUUAUAUUGUAUAAUAAACUAGACUUUUACAUUACGAGUUAGCUCAAUCCCCUUCAGUAGAUUUAGCUUGCUUUGCUGGACCAAUAUGCAUGGAUGACUUCCAAUGUCUAGAAUUAGUAGGUCGUAUAAGUGAGAAAGAAAUAUCUUUUGAAAGAGUAAAAAAGGCGCAGUUCAGGAUGAACCAAGUCACUCAAUUUAGUGGUGAUUCUGCGAACCUGGUGCUUUAUUGGAUUUUCAGACAAUAUCAUGGAAAAUUUGAUAAAAUUAUUUGGAUAGACACACUUGGAAUCUUUAAUCCAACUGCUCUACCAUUAACUUCUUUGGAAAAAACAGCAAUCAUUCGGGCCUUUGAUGCUGAAGGUUUACAGGACGCGAUUAAUGAGUUGGAAAGUGACCUUACCAACAAUAGAGACUUUUCUUAUGCCCUUUUCAUAGAUUCUUUCUCAAAUCCUCUUGGACUCCUCAUGGCGAAAGCAAACAUCUCUUACGCCCAUGCGUCUAUGAUGUCUAUAGGUAGACAGCUUCGCAUGCUAACUAGAAACUUUAAGAUUGCAGUUUAUCUUUCUACGUCUCUUGUUUAUGUGAAACAGCUUCGUAUUAAUAAACCUGCUUUGGGUAGCAGUUGGCCAUUCUGCAUAGAUCAUUCCUUCAUUUUGCAGGAAGAUUUGAAACAUAAUAAGGGUCAUCUAAUCUGCAAUCAAAGCCGAACAAGCCUUUUGGGAACCACUCAAUUACUUCUAUGGGUCAGAGGGUCUUUUGUCCAUGAGUCGUUGACCAUCGACUUUUAUCGAUGCAUUCCCUACCUUCAAGUGUAAUUUGUAGUCAUUUAAUUUAUUGGAUAUUUUUGAUGUAUAUACAAAACAUAUUUACUAGGAAAUAAGAGAACAAUUCCCA